GAAGGUGGAAAUCUCCCAUUUGGCAAGAACCAAAAGAGAAUAAUUUAACUUCUGGAUGCAUUUCGAUCCCCUCCCUCUUUCCACAUCUCCUCCUCUCUCGGGGAUCAGUAAUCUAGUCGGAUCCAGUCUGAGUGAAGCGGACUUCUUGGUGCGAGAUAAUCGGCAGAUGAUGUGAGUUAAUGAGGCGGAGAUGCGGGGGCACAAACUCAGACGCGCUCCUCUCCACCGACGACAGGUGCGCAACGAGUGAGCGAGAGGAGGACAAGACGGAGGAGAAAACAGAGCAAGGGAAUUAACGGGAGGGAGAGGGGAAAGUAACCGGAGAAGGAAGGAGAUAAAGCAAUAACAAUAGCCAGGCUCUCGCUAUGGAAACGGGCCAGAGCGCACAGGUCGUCGACAUGGGAGGAGAGCACUCCGCCGGUGUGUGCGUGGUGGAGCGGGACAGGGGCGAGAUGUCCAGUCCCAGCCCGCCGGCCAAGCAGCGCUCCCUGCGGGUCGUGUACGUCCUGAACGACGGGCUGAAGUCCGUGAUGGCCAGCAGCCCGGAGUCCGGAGCGUUGCAGUGUCUGCAGAGGGCCUGCGACGCAGAAAGCGCACUGCUCACCACCGUCACCUUCGGCAGGCUGGACUUUGGAGAAACAUCAGUGCUGGAUAGUUUCUACGACGCAGACAUUGCGGUUGUGGACAUGAGCGAUGUAUUUCGACAGCCCUCCUUGUUCUACCAUCUGGGCGUGAGGGAGAGUUUCGACAUGGCCAACAACGUCAUCUUGUACCACGACACUGACCCCGACACUGCCCAGUCACUCAAGGACAUGGUUGCACAGAAAAACACAGCCACUUGUCCUCCAGUGUUAGGUUUUCCCUGGAUUCAGUUGCCUCCAGAAUACAGAGGCUCUGGAUUGCGCAAUAAAGCAUCCAGUGGUAACUACUACUUCAUCCCCUACAUAGUGACUCCUAACCAUGAGUAUAUGUGCUGUGAGAGCGACGCCCAGCGCAGGGCCAGCGAGUACAUGCAGCCCAGCUGGGACAACCUGCUGGGGCCGCUGUGCGUUCCCCUGACCGACCGCUUCACCAGCCUGCUGAAGGACAUCCACGUCACAUCCUGUGCCUCCUUUAAGGACACCCUGCUGAAUGACAUCAGGAAGGCCAGAGAGAAGUACCAAGGAGAGGAGCUGGCGAAGGAGCUUUCCCGCAUCAAACUCCGCAUCGACAACACCGAGGUCCUCACGCAGGACAUCGUCAUGAACCUGCUGUUCUCCUACAGAGACAUACAGGAUUAUGACGCCAUGGUGAAACUGGUGCAGACGCUGGAGAUGCUGCCAACUUGUGAUCUGGCCACUCAGCCUAUGAUCCAGUUCCACUACUCCUUUGCUCUCAACAGGAGAAACAGUCCUGGUGACAGGGAGCAGGCUCUCAGAGUGAUGCUGCAGGUGUUGCAGUCAUGCGAACACCCGGCGCCAGACAUGUUCUGCCUCUGUGGACGGAUCUACAAGGACAUCUUCCUCGACUCGGACUGCAAAGACACUAAGAACAGGGACAACGCUAUACAGUGGUACAGGAAAGGUUUUGAGCUGCAGCCUACCCUCUACUCUGGUAUCAACCUGGCCGUCCUCCUCAUAGUUGCUGGCCAACAGUUUGAGAGCUCCAUUGAACUGAGGAAAAUAGGUGUGAGGUUGAACAGUCUGCUGGGGCGCAAAGGUUCCCUGGAGAAAAUGAAUAACUACUGGGACGUGGGCCAGUUUUUCACUGUUAGCAUGCUAGCUAACGAUAUCCCUAAAGCUACUCAGGCUGCCGAGAAGCUCUUCAAACUCAAGCCACCUCUCUGGUAUUUGCGGUCGGUGGUGCAGAACCUGCAGCUGAUCCAGAGGUUCAAGAAGCAGACAGUCGAACACUCCCCCCAGCGGGAGAGACUCAACUUCUGGAUGGACAUCAUCGUUGAGGCCACGCAGGGCACCACCAAUCGACUGCGGUUUCCUGUGUUGAUUCUGGAGCCAACUAAAGUGUACCAGCCUUCCUAUGUGUCCAUUAACAAUGAGGCUGAAGAGAAGAAUGUCUCCAUCUGGCAUGUUUCUCCGGCUGAGACGAAAGGGAUCCACGAGUGGAACUUCACUGCAAUGUCCAUCAAAGGCAUAAGUAUCAGUAAGUUUGAUGAGCGUUGCUGCUUCCUCUACGUCCACGAUAACUCCGACGACUUCCAGAUCUACUUCUCCACUGAGGAGCAGUGCGGUCGGUUCUGCUCCAUGGUGAAAGAGAUGAUAUCUGAUGGUACGGGGAAUGCUGUAGAGCUAGAAGGGGAAGGAGACGGAGAUACACUUGAGUAUGAGUAUGACACCAAUGAGACAGGGGACAGGGUGGCGUUGGGGCGGGGCACCUAUGGCGUGGUGUACGCUGGGAGAGACCUUAGCAACCAGGUCCGAAUCGCCAUCAAAGAAAUCCCUGAGAGAGACAGCAGGUACUCUCAGCCUCUUCAUGAAGAGAUCGCCCUUCACAAGUACCUGAAGCACAGGAACAUUGUUCAGUAUUUGGGCUCUGUUUCUGAGAACGGAUACAUCAAGAUCUUCAUGGAACAAGUGCCUGGAGGAAGCUUGUCAGCGUUGCUUCGGUCUAAAUGGGGUCCACUGAAGGAGGCGACAAUAAUCUUCUACACCAGACAGAUCCUGGAGGGGCUCCGGUACCUGCACGAGAACCAGAUCGUCCACCGAGACAUCAAGGGUGACAACGUGUUGGUGAACACCUAUAGCGGCAUUUUGAAGAUUUCAGACUUUGGUACUUCUAAGCGGUUGGCUGGAGUCAACCCCUGUACAGAGACAUUCACUGGUACUCUGCAGUACAUGGCUCCAGAAAUCAUUGAUAAAGGCCCUCGAGGGUACGGGGCCCCGGCUGACAUCUGGUCCUUGGGAUGUACCAUUAUAGAAAUGGCCACUGGGAAACCCCCGUUCCAUGAGCUGGGGGAACCACAGGCGGCCAUGUUUAAGGUCGGUAUGUUUAAGAUCCACCCAGAGAUCCCAGAGUCUUUGUCGCUGGAGGCAAAGUCGUUCAUCCUGCGAUGUUUUGAGCCGGACCCUCACAAGAGAGCCAUCGCCUCCGACCUGCUCAGAGACACUUUUGUAAGACACAACACCAAAGGCAAGAAGAGCAAGAUCGCCUUCAAACCAUCAGACUACAUCCACAACGUCUCUCUGCCGGUGCAGCUACAGUGCGAGGCCACCGGCAGCAGCAGCAGUGAACACGGCUCAGUGAGCCCAGACUGUGACUCCAAACACGACGUUUUCUUCCAGAAAAAGAAAAGCUCUGGCUCAGGGAACCUGCUCAAACCCCCCAACUCCAAUUACCUGAGUGUUCCAGAUGAGGGUUCAGCAUCAGAGGACCGCAGUGUCCCCCCCUCCCCUGAGGACAGAGACGGCGGUCUGUUCCUGCUGAAGAAGGACAGCGAGAGAAGGGCGAUUCUGUUCAAGGUCCUGAAUGAAGACCAGGAAAAGGUCAUCUCCAACCUCAAGGAGAACCACAUCCAGGGCAGCGAGGAGCUCCAGCUGUCUGUCGAACACAUCAAGCAGAUCAUCUGCAUCCUCCGAGACUUCAUCCAUUCCCCCGAGAGGCGCGUCAUGGCGGCAACCAUCUCCAAGCUCAAGCUGGACCUGGACUUCGACUCCACCUCCAUCAAUCAGAUACAGCUGGUGCUCUUUGGCUUCCAGGACUCGGUGAACAAAGUCCUAAGGAAUCAUCACAUUAAACCUCACUGGAUGUUUGCCAUGGAUAACAUCAUCCGCCGAGCCGUGCAGGCCGCCAUCACCAUCCUCAUACCAGAGCUGCAGACCCACUUCGGCCCGGCGUCAGAGUGCGAGGGAGCGGAGAAGGAGGACGAGGUGGAUGAAGAGGAGGUAGAGUUCGGUCCGGUCUUAGCUCCGAGCACCGACGACUCCGGAACGACAGCCGACCCCAUCUCCUCCACCAUCAGCACCCUGAACUCCACCCUCUCCCAGGAGCACCAGCGUUCCCAUCAUCAACUGGGAGCACAGCUGGGACGGCUCAAACAGGAGACCAACCGGCUGCUGGAGGAGCUGCUGCAAAAGGAGAAGGAGUACCAGCAGGUCCUGAAGGCCACACUGCAGCAGAGAACACACGACCUGGAGCUGGUCAGAGUCAGACACAGACCACCAGACAUCUCCCCUCCUUCCAUCUUCCACAUCCCUGCUGACCACGAGCCGGACAAGCAGCUCACCGAUUGGCUGAAAGAGCAGGGGGCAGACCCUGAUGCUAUAGAUAAGUUUGUGCUGGAAGAAUACACGCUGACUGACAUUCUCAACGACGUCACCAAAGACGACCUCCGCUGUCUACGUCUACGGGGUGGAGUCCUCUGCCGGAUCUGGCGAGCCAUCCAGCGGCACAGAGAGCGCGAGAGGCUGAGGGGCGACGAACGCUCGGAAGAAGACGCAUGACGGGAUAGAUGGACCCCAGCGAUGGAAGAUUUGCAGAAACACGCACACGUCCACACACUACCAGUCCUGCAUACUUGUCUCUCUCUCUCUCUGUCUCUCUCUGUCUCUCUCAGUGCAGGUGAGGUAGUAGAGUGUCUUAGUGCCUUUUCAUGUUGACCGACUGAAUCUUUUGCUCGACUGUGCAUCUCCAUACAGAGUCAGACUUGACCAGACCAAAGCGCUUUAGUGCAGGCACUACUGUGUGUAUCUUUAUGUGCAUUUACAUGUGUAUGUGUGCCACAAUAUGUUUGUGCUUGAUGGCUUUCAAACAUGUAUUCAGCCUAGAAAAAGGCUGUUUUUUUUUUUUCACAGAGAAAACAGGUGUUCACAAUGCAAAAAAGUAUGAAAAUAUCUAUAAAACGUUUUGAAACCGCUCCUGUAGCAUCGUCCAAUCUUCUGCUGUCCAUCCAGAUUCUCAGCAUAGUCACAUUUUUGCCAAAAUAUGAUUACGUUGCUUCUGUGUCGCUCCUCAAGCGUGACUCAAGUGCUUGACCAUUGCCCGCACACGUGGCAGCGUCCUCCUCUUGGCUCUGUCAUUGUUUAGAAACCAUGCUUGCUGAUAAUGCUGCAAAAGUGGUUUGGAAAAAAAACGUUUCGAUACUUUUUUUUCACAACCUCUGUUCUCUCUGAAGAGGAAAACUGCAAAUUAAAUGACCAACUCUCUAUCUGUAAUGUAAGGUAUCAGCGAUAGUGUAAAGUAUACACAAACUGAAUUUGGGUAAAACAUGCAAAAUCACUAGUAUGGUUUCUUAGAUCUUUUACAAACCUAUCUAUCAAUCUUGCAUUUGGGUUUUGUCUUUCAAACUCAUAUUGGAUAAUUGUUCCAAAACUAUCUACUGUCCUACAGAUCUUUCAAAUUUCAGCUAAAAAGCCUUAAAUUUUGUAAAACCAAUGUAGCCACACUGAUAUAAUUUAUUAAAACAUGCACACACACCAUGACUGCCACCACCUCACUGCCUUUUUAUGUGUACGCAUGUUAUUUAUUAGGUGUGUAACAUUUCCUUUAUGUUCUUAAUGUAGUAAUGAUUGUUUCCUCAUCUGCGUGUAAUUGUAUUUAAAUGUUUUUUUUUUUGUUUUUGUUUUUUUUAAUUUUAUUCCAACUGUUAUAUGUAUGUGCUGGUUUGUUUCAUGAUUGCUUUACAACUGCAAUAAACCUGGAAAUGAUG